GAUAAAUGAGCCAGGAGCGCGGCUCAUGGCGGGGUGGCCACCUUGAGCGUAUCCGGGCCUUUAUAACGGGCAUGGACUUCUUAAAAAAAUACCAUUCAUCCAUUCAAAUCACGCUGUCACGGAGAUGGCGGAGAAGGCGGAGGCAUUGGAGUCGAGCAGGGAGAGUUCGCCUGCUGAUGAGACGGCAAUUCAUAUGGCACCGGCAGAGGAGGACUUCGCCGGAGAUCAGACUUUCACUGACGCAGAGGCUUCAACGGUGACGGAAGGAAAUCCUCAAAGUACUAUGCAGAAGCACGAGCUGGAGCAUUCAUGGACAUUUUGGUUCGACAAUCCCUCAGGCAAGUCCAAGCAAGAAACCUGGGGAAGCUCCAUCCGCCCCAUCUAUACAUUCUCAACGGUUGAGGACUUUUGGGGUCUUUACAAUAACAUUCAACCGCCAAGUAAACUGCCUGUUGGGGCAGACUUCCACUGUUUUAAACAUGGAAUCGAGCCAAAAUGGGAAGAUCCAGCCUGUGAAAAUGGAGGAAAGUGGACAAUCAUCUGCUCAUCAGGAGAAGUUGAUAAUUGGUGGUUGUACACAUUACUUGCAAUGAUUGGUGAGCAGUUUGACCAUUGGAAUGAAAUAUGUGGAGCAGUCAUCAAUGUGCGAGGAAAGCCUCAGAAAAUUUCAAUAUGGAAAAUUUCAAUAUGGACGAAAAAUGCUUUUGAUGAAGUUGCACAGUCCAUCCGACCUCCGUCGCUAGACUACGAUCUUUUCAACCUCCAUCUUUUGCUGACUACAAUCCUUCCAUCCUCUAACGCCAAACCACAGUCUUUCCGGCCUUCAUCGUCCAUCGACUAUGUUCCUUCCAAUCUCUGUCGCCGAACCAGUCUUUUUGACCUCUGUUGUCCAUCAACUACGAUCCUUUCGACCUCGUCAUCAGAUAACGAACCUUCUGAUCUUCGUCUUCAGACAAUGGUCUUUUUGACCAUCAUCGUCCUCUGA